CUCUGGCCUUCGCUUUCUCUUCUCGCUAUUUCACGGUUUCGAAGGCUCUCUAUUGUUUUUCCCUUUUGCUAUUUUUUUUAUUAUCUCUUUCUCUCUCUCUCUCACGCACACAACCCAGCGAUCGCCGACUUUCAUCUUUCUUGUGGUUUUUUCCCCGUCUCAAUCGGUAAGCCCUAGCAACUCUCAAUUCUCUUUGCUCUCUUAAUUUCAUCGAGAGAUCGAGAAAAUCCAUGCAUCGUUCUGUUCCUCUUCAACAUUUCUAGGGUUCAUCCUCUUCGUCUUUUGCUCUAAUUUCUAGGCUUUUCUCUUUCCAUAAUCCAAUUAUUUCCCCUUAAAAUUUUCGAGCAACAUAGGCCGAAAAUCGAGGAUCUGAUAUUAAUUUUUUCUUGCUUUGGUUAUUUUAACUACUUUUAUUGGUUAAUUUCGUGUUGAUUACCCUACAAUUUGGGCUUCUAUUUUUUUUCUCAAAAAUUGGAAAAAAAUUGGUGUGAAUUUGGUAUUUUUCGAGGGUUUGGGGUUUAUAAGUAAACAAUUUAGCGGGGAUUUCUUGAGUUGGUGAAUCAAGCUUUCGGAUUUUUGAAAUUUAUAUAUGGCUGCUGGGAGACACGGGGGUUAUCGUGAUAACGAGAUUAGGGACAGAGACUCAGAUUUUGAGGUGACAAGGCGGGAAUUUGCUAUUUCUAAAGAGUUCGAGCCAUCUAGGAAUGGUAGCCGUGAUAAUGAAAGGGGUCGGGUGCGGGAAGCUAGAGAUAGAGAUAGAGCUAGGGUUAGACAAAAGGAUAUUAAGGAGAGGGAAGUGAUAAAUGGUGGGUAUCGUUCCUCUUCGAGUAGAAGUGAUUCAGGAGCCAGUAGUGGUGGUGAUGGUGGUAGUCGUGGGCCCAGGCGAUGUGAGUUCUCUCUUAGGGUGGUAGAUAAGGAGCCUGGUGAGUUGUCUAGUGAGAGUGGGUCAGAGGAUGCCAUUGAGUCUGAGUCAGGGGUUAAAGGUAGUGAGGUUGAAGAGGUAAUGGAGAAUGGGGCUCGGUCUCCUGCAGGAAGGAAAAGAAAGUUUUCACCUAUAGUGUGGGAUAGAGAUGACAAGGACUUAAGUAAUUUGUCCAAAAGUAGGAAUUCACCAGCAUUUAUUGCCCUUCCUCCUCCACCACCACUGCCAAAAGUUUACCGUAAGUCACCUAGUAGUAUCCCUGGUGGGGCUGUACAGAUAUCUCCUGUUAGAGAUAGUAAAAGCCAGAAAUCUCAGUCUCCUUCACCAGUUGCAGCUGCUGAAACUGGAGGAUACUCUGCACAGCCAUCUCCAGUGGAUUUGGAUUUGUCACUACCAAAAGAGCCGGGUAAUGAUCUGGAUACCGAGCAACUAGAAGAUGAAGAUUAUGUACCUACCCGACAUAUAUCUUCCUCAAGAUGGGCAGCUGGUGAUAGUUCUCCAGGUGAUGAGGGUGAAAUUGUAGAAGAUGAGGAAAUGCCUAAAAGGAGGAAAAAAUUACCUCUUUCAGAAUCAUCCCAUAACAGAGUGCGGAACAAGUCGGUGACUCCUGAGCUUGGGGAGCUUAAGAGGGAAAGCUCUGAGGGAAUUAGGGUGAGAUCAUCUGAAUCUGAUGAACGAGGUGCCCAUUCCAAGUCAGGAAGUGGGGAUGAUUACCCUGGUAAUGAUUCAGAGAAGGAUGACUACAUGGACAUUGACAAUGAACAUGAUAGAAAUGACAGUAGUGUUAGCCAGUCUGAUACAGAUUCUGAGAAUGAAAAUGAUUCACGUGGUACACCAGAACCUCCAGCUCCUCUUCUAAGAAGUGUAAACAUGCUUCAGGGAUGUAGAAGUGUCGACGAAUUCGAGAGACUAAAUAAGAUAGAUGAAGGAACUUAUGGUGUUGUAUAUAGAGCUAGGGACAAGAAGACUGGGGAAAUUGUGGCGUUGAAGAAGGUCAAGAUGGAGAAAGAAAGAGAAGGUUUUCCUCUGACCUCUCUGAGGGAAAUAAAUAUUCUUCUUUCUUUCCAUCACCCAUCGAUUGUAGAUGUUAAAGAAGUAGUUGUAGGGAGUAAUCUUGAUAGCAUUUUUAUGGUCAUGGAAUACAUGGAACAUGACCUGAAAGGGCUGAUGGAGACAAUGAAGCAAGCAUUCAGCCAAAGUGAGGUUAAAUGCCUGAUGCUUCAGCUGCUGGAGGGCGUCAAGUAUCUUCAUGAUAACUGGGUUCUCCAUCGAGAUUUGAAGACAUCUAAUCUGCUUUUAAAUAACCAGGGUGAACUUAAGAUUUGUGAUUUUGGGUUGGCUCGUCAAUAUGGAAGCCCACUAAAACCAUAUACGCAUUUGGUUGUUACUCUUUGGUACAGGGCACCUGAACUUCUUUUGGGAGCAAGACAAUAUUCCACUGCAAUUGACAUGUGGUCUCUGGGUUGUAUCAUGGCUGAACUACUGUCAAAAGAACCACUUUUCAAUGGGAAAACCGAAUUUGAUCAACUUGACAAGAUUUUUAGAAUCCUUGGAACACCAAAUGAGACAAUAUGGCCUGAUUUUUCCAAGUUGCCUGGAGUCAAGGUCAAUUUUGUCAAGCAUCAGCUUCCAGCUUUGGGUGAUUCUGGUAUAAUCUAUUGCGGAAGAAAUUUCCAGCAACAUCAUUCACUGGAACACCCGUUCUCUCUGAUGCAGGAUUUGACUUGUUGAAUAAACUUCUUACUUAUGAUCCUGAGAAGCGUAUAACAGCUGAAGCUGCUCUUAACCAUGAAUGGUUUCGUGAAGUUCCUCUUCCCAAGACUAAAGCUUUCAUGCCCACUUUCCCUGCCCAACAUGCUCAAGACAGGCGUAUGAGAAGAAUGUUGAAGAGUCCAGAUCCUUUGGAAGAGCAACGCAGAAAGGAGUUGCAGCAAGGGGAAUUGGGGACUGGUGGUUUGUUUGGCUGAGAAAAAGUUCAACCAUCAGUGCCAUAUGAUCUUCAUGUUUUAGAUUUUGACACUAUUGUUAGAUGGCAAUGAUUGAGGUGAGAGACAUGCAUUCAGCGGAAGUUGCAAACUUUGUUUGUCAGACGAUCAUUCUUGCUGUUUUUUAGCAGGCACUGAUGAUGAUUUGGCUGGAGAUAUUGUUUGCCUCUUCUUGUGAACCAGAUGUUUUGCAGGUUAAUUUGUUUUCCAGCUUUGGUCAUCAUAUAGAAAUGCAUCUGACACUGCUUACAUCGCAAGGUGUGGCAUAUCAGCCUUUCUUCUUUUAGAAAUCAGUUUCAGCCGAAACUUGUGUAACAUAUUUUUAUUGGAACAAUGAUGUAAACAUUCCCUUUAUAGCUGGUUUUGAAUAUUGAAACAAUAUGGAUUUCUUCCAACUAUCAGUUCCAUCUUUUUUAAUAUUGACAUUGUGUUUGCAAGAGACGGUUGGUGUGAAGUGGAGGGGACAUUCUUUGCUUUUCAUUGACGAAGAAAUUGACAGUAACCAUUAUACAUCAAAGUCUCAAAGCAAGCAGGUUGAGGAGGUUACCUGCAUAUUGUGGAUUUUAUCUAACUUCCAAUUAUUUGUUCCUUCAGGCUCAGUAGAGGUACCAUACAAACUUUGGUCUGUUACAAUAUCUUAGAUUAACUUUUGUCACUUUAAUAUUUCUAUCUUCAAUUAACUUGUUCACUUUAAUAUUUCUCUCUCUUAUGGUCUGCAUGUUGGGAUGGUUUACUAGCAUUUUUCAUUAUUUUAUGUAAUGGUUUCAUCAAGAUGCGUUUGAUUUUAGUAAUUGUAAUGAAAGAAUUAUACAAGUGAACCAAGAAAGAAUGAACUUUUCUGUAUCUUUCCUUAA